UAUGAUAAUGACGGAUACGGAACGAACCCAGGAUAUAAUUCAAUCGCCGGUAAAUGAAUCUUCUUCCAAGGAUAAUAACGAUCAAGUAUCAUCCGAUGAGGACGAUUUGAAAUUAUCCUUCGUGAGAAAACGUACCAAGGCAUCCUACAUAAAGGAUUCAGAUUCUGAGUCAGAAGAAAUUAAAGAACAACACGAAAUAGAGACUUUAAAACUAGAGACAACUUGUAACGAUAAAUUUAGCGACGAUAAUUCAGAUGAAGAAAUUUCUAAAGUAAAAAAAUCUACCUAUUUUUCUGAUGAGGAAACUUCUCCAACUAAUAGUAAAAAAUGCUCAAAGAUUUAUGACAAUGGAAUGACCUCUAGUAGUGAUAAUGAAGAAGACGGAGGCGAUAGUAACGAAGAUGAAAACGAACAUGCAAUCAGUGAGAGCCUAAGGAGGCGAUUAGCUCAGGGCGCAUCGAAAAAAUCUAAGAGCGGAAAUCGUCAGAGAAAGCUUAAAUCGGAUGUAAAUAAGAAAUCGAAGGAGACGAAUUUACAGAGUGAAACGCAAAGAUUAAUUAGAGAAUCCGAUAUUAAUAUCCCUUAUCACAAACCAUCUACUACUAAAUUACAAGAAUUCCUACAAAGAUCUCAACAGAAACGAUCAUCCCUCCUCAAAAAGGAUUUGGACGCAAAUUUUAAUUCUACUCAGGGGAAUAGUCCAACUUUAAAGAAGUUUGCAGACGAUAAUUGCCAUAAUAAUUGCGACAAAUUAAACAAGGAGGAAAGGAUUUUUACAGUUAAAGAAAAUAUUGAUAUACAUAGGAAAUUAUUCGAAUGCGAUGAAGAUGGGGAUGUUAGUUUGCCUUAUAUGGAUCCAGUUUUACCUGAUAUUGACGGAGAUGAAAGUCUGAAUAGGGCUAAAACGCCAGUAUCUUCUACUCUCACUCAGAAUACGACCAAAUUAACCCCGAAACUCUCUUCGAUAAACUUAUCCUGUAAACCUUCUUUAUCCAUCGGCUCAGGAUCCAUUAUUGAUUUAGAUGAGGAAGAAGAGAAUACUGGAUUAGUUGACCUUCAAACACGUGCUGCUAAGCACGUUCAGCCAUCGCAAACUAACAAGAAAGAUGUUUACCAUCUAAAUACAAUAGAGAAGAAAGAGGUUAAUGGCCGGAUAGAAUUAACGGCGGAAAAAGUUCCAUUGAGGUUGAACGUCUCUGACGAAGAUAAAACCAAUUCUAGGAUACAAUAUGCGAAAAUUCAGGAAAAGUUAAAGGAAGAGAUGAAAAAGAAACGUUCUGCCCUUAGAAAACAGAAGCAUCAAGUAUACGCCCUUGAUAAUGAAGAUGUAACGCAAGAUGACGUGGAGGAGGACGAAUUAGAAUUAACAGAUCAAAGCGACACUGAUAUCGAGGAAUUUGAGGAGGAUGAGGAAAUAGAUGAGGAUGAACUUGAAGAUGAGGAAUCAUCGGUCAAGAACCAAUUAAUUGAUGACGAAGUGGAAGAGGAUAAUGACUUGAUGCUUGUCGAGACUGAUGAUGAAUCUAGUCAAAGUCCAAAAGUUAAAAAGAAAAACGUACGCGAACCCUUAGGACUGUUUGAUGACGCAGUGUCUACUCCUUCUACAGUUGGAUCCAAUGACGACGUCGUAACGAAAUGUAAAGUUAGCGAGAGACCAUUUUCUCAAUUAUCAUCUAAGGAGAUUGCAGACGGCCUUGACUCGAGCUUUGACGCAACGCUAAUCCCAGCCGCACAGACGAUAAGCCAUUCGACACCAAAAUUAGGUAGCAGGAGUCGUUCGAAAUUGAGUGUUUGCGGCGAUUCUCAGGAUACUCUCAUAACUGACCUACCAACUCAAAGACGAACUGAUUCAACGCCAAAAUUGAGACACGAUGAUUCUCGAAGUGAACAUUCUUUUCUGCUAGAUGAAGACGGUUUGCUGAAGGAUAAGCCAAGGAAGAAGGGCGUAACUGUAUCGGAUUUACCGAUCGAUAAGUUUGAUAAAAAUGAUGGAGAAGAAUUAUUGGGUUUAUGUUCCGGAACGUUUGGUAAUUCAUUGAUACAGCAGAAAGAAACUGACGAAGUUCUCGAAAUUUGCUCUGGAAUGUUUCCCGUCAAUUCAGAUGUCAAGAAAGAUGAUGAAAAAGAAGAUGAAAAAGAAGAAAUGGAAAAAGUAAACUGCGAUAGCGAUGAAUCGGAUAUAGAAACGCGAGCGUUUAUCUUGGAUAGCGAUGAUGAGGAUGAUCGGAAAAGGUUUCCGGGAAAACAAUUACAAGCUGAUGAUGACGACGAAGAGCAAGACGGAGAUAAUGAUGAAUUCAGUGAUAAUGAAGAGGAGCUCGUCAAUCAAUAUCACGGGUUGAUCUCUUCUAAGCGGGAGAAGGUCGAACAAUUCUUUGAGAAAGAAGCGGAAUUAUCUGGUUCAGACUUUGGUUCGGAUGAGGAGGAAGAUCCCGAAGAGGAUGAUGAGUUAAUUGAAGAAGAAGGUGAUAAGGAUCUUCAAGAUGUCGACGAGGAAGAGCUACGAAAUCAAGUAGGAAGAGCUCACUUAAAAAACAUGCUAGACGAAGACGAUAGGAACAUCAAACUUUACCAAGAGUUGUUGCUACCCGAUGGAGACCUGCACUCCGAUUCAAAACGAAAAAGGAAAUUUCGUUGGAAGGGAUUAGAAGAUUGGGCAGGAAAAGAGGAUGACGUUGGAGACGAAGAAGGUGACGAAAACGAUGCAACAAAUAAUGAUCUAAUCAAUCCACCAGAAGAUUUAAAAAUGUUAAAAGAGCGAUUAGAAAGAGAAAAAAUAAUUGAAGAUCUUAAAGAAAAAGAAGGGGAAGAGGAACAAGAAAGUCAAUUUUUGAAAUUGGGUAUGGAAGCUGUCAAACGGGAUAAGAAAUCAAAAAUUUUACCAUCGCCGUCACUAAGUACAUUUGGAUCAUUGCUCUCUAGGCGUCGCCAAGAUUUAGCGAAAAUAGGAGAAAAUUCUAAAGCUCCUUCUGAGAAAAAUAGUGCAAGAAAAUCGAAUAGAUUUAUUUUUACAGCCACUUCACCAUCUUCUACGAAGACUAAGCGAGGUGAUUUACCAACACCCCCAGCGAAAAAAGCGAAAAACCAUAUGACUACCACUAAUCCAAGUUUACAUAAAUCGCCUAGUAUAUUUGAUCAUUUAUGA